AUUUAUGCAAUAAAAGAUUAACGGGGGCACCCCCUAACAAAAACCCUACUGCAUAAGGCCACCUUCGCGGCUUCCGCCCAUCCAAGCUUCCGUUUGCAGCAAAGUAAAAAGCUUUACUUUAAGGACUGGUCCGGAAAAUCUCCAUAUGACUUGUCUUAUUCUCUCUCUCUCUCUCUUACUGACAUGGGAGUAAGUCAGUCUUCCACGUGCUCCUGGGAACUCUCUCUCUACCUCUCUAUCUCUACCUAUCUCUCAUGUCGCACACAUCACGUUAUCAAGAAACCCCAUCAGACGAAACCAGAGAAGCAUAGCAGCGGACCAACACAAGAAGAUCUUCAGCCCUCGAAACCAGAAACAACCCACAAUCACAAAAGUAAAAGAAAGAAGUGAGAGAUCCGAGCGAGAGCGCAGAAGGAGGAGCCAUAAUAAUGGAGGUUAUCAAAGAAGGAGGCAACGAGAUCAACGGCGUCGCGGCGGACCAGGACCAGGACGCCGGCGACGGAAUGCAGUGCGCGGACCACCCCUUCCGCAGCAACCUCGGCGGGAUCUGCGCCUUCUGCCUCCAAGAGAAGCUCGGCAAGCUCGUCUCCUCCGCCUCCCCACUCCCCCUCCCUCGCCCCUCCUCCUCCUCUUCCGCGUCCUCCUCCCCUCACUUCAGAUCCGGUGCCGGCCCCCGCGGCUACGCCGCCGCGCUCGCUCCCGCCGCAGCCUCCUCGGUCGCCGUCGGCCCGGCCGUUUCACUUCCCUCCGGCCGCCGCGACGGUGGUGGCGGCGGCGACGUCUACCACGCCCGGAGGGCUGCGAGGAUCGUGCCCUUCCUCUUGGCCAAGAACAAGAGCCGGAAGAAGAAGAAAGCCGCCGCCGGGGCCACGCCGACGGCGGAGAUGAUCUCAUUCAAGCGGAGCAAGUCCACAGCGACCCCGAGGCGGGGCGGCGGGCGGUUCCCGGACGAGGAGGCGGGCAAUGACGACUUUAGCCCUCGGCGGCGAGGUGGGUUCUGGUCUUUCCUCCAUCUCUCCUCUUACUCUGCUGGUUCUGGUUCUGGCUCUGGCUCUGGCUCUGGCGGUGCGGUCGCGAGGAGAGACUCGAAGUCGCAAUCGCAAUCGCAAUACACGCCCAGUGCAAUGAACGGGCCCGUCGUCGAAGAUGGCGGCAGCGACAAUGCAGGCUCAAGUUCGGCUUCGGCAGCGACGUCGUUUGAGAGGAAAGUCUCGAGAUCCAGAUCCGUCGGGUGCGGGAGCAGGAGCUUCUCGGGCGACUUCUUCGAGCGGAUCUCGACCGGGUUCGGGGACUGCACUCUCAGGCGGGUCGAGUCCCAGCGAGAGGCCGGCGGCCGCGGCCACCAGAAGCCCAGGAUCUCCGCCGCGCACGGCGGUGAGAGGGUGAGGUGCGGUGGGAUCUUCGGCGGGUUCGCGGCGAUGGCCUCGUCAUCGUCGUCCUCAUCUUCUUCGUCGCACUGGGUGUCGGCAGGUUGUUCGGCCGAUCAAGAAAUGGCCCCCAACAGCAGCAGCAGGUCGUCAGCGUCGGCCGCCGUUCACGGAGGGCCCAGACAUUACAAGAGCUGGGGCUGGGCGUUCGCGAGCCCCAUGAGAGCUUUUGGGAGGCCUGCGAAUACCAAGGACGUGAAGAGAGAGAAGAGCGUCUUCGCCAGAAGAAACAGCAAUAACGCCACGCCAAGCCCCAACUUGGCUGCGAUUCCUUCACUUUUGGCCGUGAGAGGCUGAAGACUGAGGGGAAACUCUUUGAAUCCCUCUCUCCCUCUUCCGUCUUCUGUUCAGUUUUCGAAUAUCGGUCUCCAUUACAGCAGAAGUGUGUAUUUACUCUUAAAUUUUGCUCUUUUCAGCUUUAAGCUUAAGAAAAACUUUCUUGGGGUUUGAUUA